GAUGACGGCCGUCCUCCCGCCGGUCGUGCGCAAGCCGCCCGCCCUAUCGAGGGGCGAGGUGGCCGUCCUGGAGGCCCUGUACGCCGUGGGUUCGGACGCCCCCCCGAUCAGGAAGCAAGCGCUGGACUUCGGCCUGGGCCUUGACGCCGCGGAACAGCUCGAGAGCGAGGGCAUCCUGACCUCCUCGAAGCUGACCGAGUCCAGCAUCACGUCCUUCCAGACGAAGCUCAAGGUGCCGGGGAAGACCGAGGCCGACGUAAAGUCGGCCCUCAUGGCCAUGGUGUCCAACAAGAAGGGGGUACCUGCGGACCAAGGGGAGGACGACGACCUACUAUUCGGAUCGUACGACACCAACGAGGAGCUGGUCGCCGCGGCGGGCGGCGGCAUGGCGCUGUACGGCGUGAACUUCUUCCCCAACGAGAACGACGUCACCCUCAAGCCCUACGCGCCCAUCCUCAAGAAGCCUACCUUCGUCGAGAUGGCCGGUGCGUCGGCGAGCUUCGAGGCCUCCGUGCUGCACUCCACGGAGCAGUCCAUGGCUUCCAACUUCACCAAGACCACCGAGAACGGCGGCAUCAGCAUCGCGCAGUCCUCCUGCACGUCCUGGGGCGUGAGCGCCAGCGUCUCGUCCUUCGGGGGCGCCGCGAGCGCGAGCGUUUCGGCGGACUCGAGCGAGACGGAAGGGGGGACAGGAGAAGCCAAGGGGAGCAAUGCCUUCUCCGCAAACAGCAAGACCACCACCACGUCGGCGUCCACCGUGGAGACCAUCAUAUGUCCCAUGAAGUCGUUCCGCAUCCCGGUGUCCACCAUGACGAUGACGGAAGAGGCUCUCGACCACGCGAUGGAGGUGGACACUCUCCUCAAGGCUGGGCAGUUUCUCGACACCUUCGGCUCCCACGUCUCCAACGGCCGGCACCUCCUCGGGGGAAUUUUUUUCCGCACCAUGACCUUGACCACGGAAUCCGAGGUGGACACGUCCACCCUCCUCGCCGCCGCCAGCACCCAGAUGCAGCAGAGCAGGACCGAGUCCAGCGAGGCCACCGCCUCAGCGGGCGCCGGGGCCGUGGGAGUCUCUGCGACUGCGAGUGCCACCAUGAACAGCGCCUCCAGCUCGGGGGUCGUCAAGUUUCACGCCACGGCCGGCCACAGCGAGAGCGAGUCGGAGGACUCGCGCGCCAUGUUCCACUCGUUCGUUCGGUCGAUGGGACCCAACGUGGCGACGCCCGAGCUGUUCGCGGAGGCGCUGUUCACGGACACCUCUUCCUGGACCGUGAUCGACCGCGGACCGUUCGAGGCUCUCGUCCCCAUCACCGUCGUGCUCGAGAACAUGCUCGUCAACUUCGACCCCGCGUCUCCGUCGAAAACGAAGCUCGAAAACGCCAUGAACCUCAUGACCGUGGCGUGGCAGCAGCGGGCCAGCGUCUGGAAGCCCUUGGAGAAUGACCCCGCGGUGCCCGUGUCCCUGAGGAACAUGAUCGGCCGCUCAUUCGCCACAGAGGACGCCCAAGACCUCAUCAGGGCGGCCGUCAUCGACCUGUUCGAGAUCCUGGAAAGCGAGGACGAGUCUAACUUGGAGGAGGCAGCGGAGGCCAUCUCGAAUGCGGUGCUCACCACCGCCAAGGAGAUGGAGUCGAAGCCUCCCGGACAGGCCGACUUCUUCCCGACGCUGCAGUCCAUUAUAGCCGAAACUCCCGAGAUCACCGGAAAGUACGACUUCAAGACGAACACGACCGAGUACCAGACCGCGGCCAGGAGCGCGAAGAAGCUGUCGUCGACGGAUUGGGUCGGGUUCGACCUCAUCUGGAAGAAGCGUCUCGGCAACAUCGCUCUCAAGGAAGCCCUCGAGACCCACAUCAAGUUCGAAGAGGCAAGUUCAGCGACGCUGAGGCUUGGCGAGGUCAUCACCACCGAGGAGCCGCUCAUCAGCGUCGACGAGAACUACCGUCUCGAGAUAUCUGGAAAGGCGCUGAGGGUCGUCAAGACCAGUACCGGCGCGGUAACCUCAACCCUCUUCGAGGCUGAGGGCACGCUCGGCAGCAGCGCCAGCGCACACAUGGAGGAGAACGGGUCGUUCGUGUUGGACCUCACCAUGAUCACGGGCUUUGAUCGCACGGAAACCCGGAUGGUUCUCUGGUCCGCGCCCAACACGGAGUCCGGCAGCGGCGGCUACGCCAGGCGAGAUGCAAAACGAUGGAAAGUUCGUUGUUUUCAACCGGAAGGGCAAGGCGUUGUGGUCCACUGCUUCUUAAGGAAAACCCCGGGGGCAUCGUUGUCGUCGUCAACCUUGCGGGGACGAGUAGAUAGAUCUCCACCUGCCACGCUCGCAACCGCGUUGGAGCACCUAGGCCGUGCCGGAGACGCCCAAACAUCCCACCAGCCUACCAUUUGCUGUUCACUUUUACGCUGCGGGGUGCUCGCACUGCUGCUUGCUUUGGACGGUAGUUUUGUGUGCGAAACAGCGGUUUCUUUUACCUACCUACCUACCUACCUGCCGUUUGUUUCUAAGCCGACCUGGUAGGCUGGAGCGUCGGUUGGUAGUAGGUACAUGGUUGGGUUGAGCAAGACUGCCUGAAAUACUUUUUUCUGACCUGCACCACAUGAUCGGCAGACUUCAUUUUCAUGCCUAUUUCGGGAGAGCAUGGUGGGUUGUUGGCGCUGCGUCACUUCGCGUACUUGUGUUAUGCCCUUCUAUGCAUACAUCUCUCGCGUCCUCCCCCGUAGUUGGCCUGUUUGAGGGGAAUACCUGGACACGCGCAACCUGUGUCGCUCCGUCCUCCCUGUAGACAUUGGUUUGCUUCCAUCACCGCCUAGUACUAGGGGAACAAUCGAACAGACGGACUGUCCGCGUAGGUACGCAACGCUUGCCGUGCUGCAUUGGAGACCAUCCUCUUUCUUGUGGAAAAGGAAGCUUCGAUGGCGUUUCGUGGAGUUUUUCACUCCGAUUUUCUCUGCAUAUAUGUGUGUCGAAAGUAGUAUUAGUAGUCUUUCGAGCCUCAGUUAGAAUAGAUAGAUGCAUUGAUUUCUGGCAAAGAAGGCUUCUCCAUCAGUCUUCGGUUUUCAAAAAUGUUUUUCCCGGCCGUUUUCUUGUUUUGCAAAAUAUAGCCCUCCUACCACGGUACGGUGUUGGUCCCCGUUGUUGUGGAAGCUCUGAAAACUGGAUUGAUUCCUCCAAUGUUGACUCCAUUCCCCCCCCCCCCCCCCCCCCCCCCCCCCCCCCCCCCCCCCCCCCCCCCCNCCCAAGGUUAUUUUACAUGCUUGUGGGUUAGCCAUCUCUUGUGUCUACAACCAAAUCGGUUUUCUUCGUUCGGACAACAUCCAAAUAUUCUUUUUUCGUUCGGCGCUCUCGAGAUUGCUCCACAGAUUUUCGAGUGUGAGUUGUUGAAAGAAGAAGUACAGCGGCUGCCACCGUCCGACAUUUCCUGCAAGAUUGGUGCUUCAAAUCGGUAGAGAAAAGAAAACAAUGCAACGCGCUGCUUUGAGUUGCUCUUGUUCUCUGGCGUCCUGGAGUCUACGAUAG